CUGAACCCACAGAGGAACCAGCUGAGCAGCACAGGACCACACACAGUCUCACUGAGUCAGUAGACAUGGAGGAUGGGAAGCCUGAUCUGCUGCUGGUCAAAGAGGAGACAAUAGAAGACGAACCAGAGAGCAUUGACCUGCUGAGUGGGUUAAAGAUGGGAGAGCAAGGUGGUUGGCUGGAGGCUAACAGAGGAGACUGGGUGGCCAUCUUGGAUUCCCAGACUCAGACGGGUGCAGCCAAGGGCCCCGGGGACGAAAACAUUGAGCAGGCCAGGACCAGAGGCGACAUGGCUGAGUCUGCAGUCCAUGAGGAACUGUUGAUAUCCGGUGUUGCUGGCGGGAGAGACUGGACCUCUGAUGCGGCCGGUCACGAACCCUGGCCACAGAUCAGGACCCUGGAUCAGGAGCCGUCACUCUUCCUUCCUGAGUCAGAACCAAGACUGAACCAUGAGGGACAGAGACUCCACCACCACACAGAAGACAACCAGUGGACAGGUGGACUGAACAACCUCAGUCCUGGUGGUCAUCAGAGAGACAGAGGCUCCAGUCUGCAGCCCAGACCCUCUUCGCAUUCUCGGUGCAAGGAUGAAGCAGGGCCUGGGGCUGAUAGAGAUAGACCCUCCUGUUCCUAUGAUACAAACACCACAGUAUCCAUGAUGAACAGAGCAGGUCACCCUGGGCUUCAGUCUUCACCGAGAGUAAUGGGAGACCCCCCUGGUGGGAGUCGAACAGGAAGUCUGUCUUCUCCUUCAGGAUCUCAUCUAACGCCUGAUGAUUGGGUUCAUAGAAAGCCUAGACCUGGGUCUAGCCUUCCUCAACUACCUCAUGGUUACCACACCAAUACAGACAGGGUCAGGAUGGGUGUUCACCACAAGAAGUAUCAAGCUGAUAACACGGCACACAAUCCCAACAACACCGAAACAAUGGCUAGAGGUCAAGGAGGGAGCUCAAAGACUAACCAGAUGAGGGUGGUGGCUCCUGCUUCUACCUCCUCUGGUGUUAUUUGGUCAAAACGUGGGAGGCCAAACAUUAAGACCGACAAUAACAAGCCAUACACCUGCCCCACAUGUGGGAAGUGCUUUGCUGAGGCGAACUAUGUGAAGAUCCACCAGAGGGUCCACACAGGGGAGAAACCGUUCAGCUGUACCCAGUGUCACAUGCGCUUCUCAGAGGCUGGCACCCUGAAGAGGCACCAGAGGGUCCACACAGGGGAGAAACCCUACAGCUGCCCUCAGUGUGAGAAAAGGUUCUCCCACCAGCACCAUCUGAAGAGGCACCUGAAGGUCCACACAUGAGAAAAGCCAUUCGCCUUCUCUGAGGUUCUCAGAGAGGAGCUACCUCAGGACACACUAGCAGAAAAAACAUUACACUUCAUAACAUAAAAGGUAACCAUUCCCUCCUCAGGGUACAGGAAUCACUACUGUAACCCCCUAGUUCCUUAGGGCCACCCAAUAGCACAUUGUCUUCCCAUCAUUGGUGUUAGUGCGGUGACAUACUGCCGACCUUCACUUUCUCUCAUUAGCUUUAGUCCUGCCCUCUAACCUCUCAUUCCCUAUGUGUUUUUUAUCUUCUCUUCCUCCAAGCUAACCCUUAAAUAUUUCUACCUCACAUUUAAUAGUUCUCUCCUUUUGCCCACCUAACCAUGCAUGUACUCUUUGAGGGUGUCUCUUUUUCUGAGUUCCUUUUAUUUGUGUGUACAGAACAUGAUUCCUUUCUCAUCUUUAUCUACCCUCUUAUCUUCCUACUUCAUGCUGCUCAUUGGUUAACUGUCACCGUGGAAGCCCCCAUUGGGCCCACCCCCAAGCCACACAGCAAAGCUCUGGAUAGGCUCGGUCAGGUGGACCAGAUCCAUAGAGCCAAUCGGGAUGCUUCUUAAUCUUCUCUCAAGACAAAGAUUCAUUUUCAUUACUGUCAACAGAAAAGAUCCACAGAUGCAUUUGGAAUAACGAUAGGGACAGUGUUGAAUAUUCCUGAAUAGAAUAUUGCAUCCAGACAUUGUGUGAUAUAAACAGUAUAAUGCAUAUAUAAGUCUAAAAGGUAUAUUAUAGUGUUUGCACUGUGUAGGAUAUAUGAUGUUCACCAAUCCCUAUUUCAUUACAUCCAUUUAACUACUUUAUUUUUUACCAAGACACUUUUAAUGAUAAUAAAUGCAGUUCAUCAAGUUAAUGCAGAUUAUUUUGUUGAGAAUUGUAUGUGUGGUUUUCAUAUGAUGUAUUUCAUUUUUAAAAAUGUUUAAUAAACACACUUAUAUUGAGA